GGACUGCGUCACGUUCACAGAACCGACGUUUUCUGGCAAUAAUCGAAGAAGACAAAGUGUUUUGACCUGGGAGACGAGGGAUUUAGUGCACGUGCUCUAGCUGCUGAUCGCACAGAUGUCGAGCACGCAGGGAACAGCGGGCGGGGAGAAGGACCCGCGACUUCUGACGUCGUCCGCGGGCCCUUUACUGCAGGACGGGAUGGGCGGGGCCCGCGGAGGAGAGACCCUCGAGUUCCAGGAGCUGGAGACCGACUCGACUGGCGGUACUGGUGUAAGAGUUGCCGGCAAGGGGGACGACGCGGAGUCCAAGCCCAAAGCAAUCAGCAUCUUUACCCUGUUUCGAUUCUCCACAAUCUUGGACAGAAUCCUCCUGUUUAUUGGAGUGAUUUGCGCCAUGAUCCACGGCUCGGCGUUCCCCGUGGUAAUGCUCAUCUUUGGCCAGUUGACCGACAAUUUCAUCGACCAGGCCAUCACGCUGGAGCUGGUUCAAAACAACACCGACAUCGUUUCCGGUUGCCUGCAACUCGUCCACGGUCUCGAUGCUACAGCGGCUACUAUGAGUGCUUCGGCUAUCACAACGGGCCGCGUGGACUGCGACGCUCCUAUUGCAAUAAUCAACGGGUCCACCUCCCUUGAUGAGAUUAUCCCCGACUGUUUCGGUGACGGUCGACUGUGUCUCGGAAACUCCGCCUUCACGGAUCUCAUAGUCAUCCAGUGCCUCAUUUACGUCGGGAUUGCCACGGCCAUUCUAGUAGUCAGCGGUCUCCAGUCUCUGCUGUUUCAGUACGUAGCAGAAAGACAGAUCCACCAGAUUCGGCGGAGAUUCUAUCGCGCUAUACUGCGUCAGGACAUUGGCUGGUUUGACGCCAACCCCAGUGGAGAGCUCUCCAGUCGCCUCUCCGACGAUGUCCAAAAGAUAGAGGCAGGGAUAGGGGAAAAGUUCUCUGUCGUGAUUCAGAGCUUCACAACCUUUGCCGCAGCGUUCGUUGUUUCCUUCACCCAAGAGUGGCGACUCACCUUGGUCAUGUUGGCCUACACUCCUCUCAUUGUCAUUGUCACUAUGAUCUUGGGCAAGGUGACGGCUGGGUUCACCACCAGGGAACAGAAGGUGUAUGCCGGGGCAGGUGCAGUCGCAGAGGAGGUCCUCUCCUCCAUUAGGACAGUGUUUGCCUUCUCCGGCGAGCAGAAGGAGGUGGAGAGAUACACCAGCAAGCUGAGAUCGGCCACUCGACUUGGAGCCAGGAAGGGGUUCUUCAUGGGUGUACUGACAGGAAUACUCUUCUUCCUCCUGUUUGCCAUGUACUCUGUCGCUUUCUGGUUUGGUGCCUACCUCAUUUCUGAAGACCAACUCACAGCUGGCAAGAUCUUCACUGUGUUCUUUGCUAUUCUAAUUGGAGCCUUCUCCCUGGGCCAAGCGGCGCCUCAACUGGAACUGCUCCAGACGGCCUCUGGUGCCGGCAGUGCCAUCUUCGACACCAUUGAUCGAACGCCCCCUAUCGACGUGUACAGCGACGAGGGAGAUACUCUUGAUAAAUUCGAGAGUACCGUCGAGUUUGAGAGUGUCGACUUUGCCUACCCCACUAGACCCGGCGUCCCAGUUCUGGAGAGGUUCUCUCUGAAGGUGGCGAGUGGGCAGACGGUGGCUCUGGUGGGUGCCAGUGGCAGUGGGAAGAGCACCGUCGUCUCUCUCAUUGAGAGGUUCUACAACCCUCGGGCUGGCAAAGUCCUGGUGAGUGGAAGAGAUGUGAGGUCGCUGAACCUCAAAUGGCUGAGAUCUAAUAUUGGAGUCGUUAGUCAGGAGCCCGUCCUCUUCGAUACCACCAUCGCUGAAAACAUAGCGUAUGGGAGAGAGAAUGGAGCUUCUAUUGAAGAGAUCCAGGCGGCUGCAAAGAGUGCUAAUGCCCACGAUUUCAUAAUGGAACUACCCAAUGGUUACGAUACGUUGGCCGGGGAGAGAGGAGUUCAGCUGUCGGGAGGUCAGAAGCAGCGAAUUGCCAUAGCCCGUGCUCUGGUGAGGAACCCCAAGAUCCUCCUCCUGGACGAAGCCACCUCGGCCCUGGACACAGAGAGUGAGAAGAUAGUUCAGGAGGCUCUGGACAAGGCCAGGGAGGGCCGGACCACCAUUGUCAUCGCCCACCGACUCUCCACCAUUCAGACUGCUGAUGUAAUAGCCUCCAUAGACCAAGGGCAGGUGGUGGAAUGGGGCACUCACUCUGAUCUCAUGGACAGAGAGGGACUCUACUAUGAACUGGUCACUGCUCAGUCGUAUGGAGCAGAUGAGUUGUUUGCCCAGAGUGGUGCGGGUCAGUUGCUGGCCCUGAGGCAGCGGUCUAAACAGGCGUCAGAGUCUGGAGGAGCUACCAGUCCAACAUUCCACAGACAAACGGGAACUGCGGGACAGAAGUCACUGGUGUCCUCCAAGAAGCUGCAGGAGAAAUGGGACAAGGAGAUACCCAGCGCUCCACUCCACCGCCUCCUGCGACUGAACGCCCCCGAAUGGUGGCUCAUCACCGUGGGCGUCCUGGCAGCCAUGAUCAACGGGAGUGUCUUCCCUAGUCUACUCGAUCCUGUUCGGAGAGGUCCUGAAGGUGUUUCAGGAGUCACGAACGGACCAGAUCAUCGAGGGGAUCACCAUCUGGGCCGUGCUGUUCCUGGUCCUGGCUCUCAGCUCGGCCAUCGCCAUAUUCUUCAAGUGUAUGUAUACAACAUUAUACGUAUUAUUCUGAGAGACUUAAGAUACAUGAUACUGCGUUCGUUGUUGCCUCAGGUGCUGUGUUUCGCAGUGUCUGGCGACCGGCUCACCCUACGGCUGAGACAGCUCACGUUCAGAGCCAUGUUGAGGCAGGAGAUUGGCUGGUUUGACAACGAGAGGAACUCCACGGGAGCCCUCACCACUCGACUGGCCAGCGACGCCGGCCAAGUUCAAGGAGCGACGGGAAGCAGAUUGAGCACGCUCAUCGAGACCUUCACGGCACUCAUUCUUGCUCUUGUCAUCGCCUUCGUGUACUCGUGGGUGAUGACUCUCUUCAUGGUAGCCGUCAUCCCCUUCAUAAUAGCCGGCGGUGUGUUCCAGACCGCGGUCCUGAACAAAAACAUUGCCAGGAACAAGAAGGCCCUCGAGAAUGCUGGAAUGGUGGCGUUUGACUCUAUCGAGAACAUAAGGACAGUAGCGGCGCUGGGAGUGGAGGGAAACUUCUACCAGCAGUACUCUGCACGCAUCAACGUCAUGUACAGGAGUUCUCGGAACAAUCUGCUAGUGUACGCCAUUUCCUACGGCAUCUCCAAGAGCACCGUUUUCUACCUGUAUGCCAUUGUCUUUCGAUUCGGGGCCCUCCUCGUCACGCAACCCACUGACCACUUUGCCUACGUUCCAUUCUUCGACGUGUUCCGAGUAUUCAUCGCGAUUGUCUUUGGCGGUGCUGCAAUUGGGCAGGCCAGCGCGUUUGCCCCGGACUUUACCAAGGCCAAGCUCUCCGCGAACAGGAUAUUCUUCAUGCUCGACCGCAAACCCCUCAUUGAUAACUACUCUGAUGAAGGAGAAACACCGGAGAGGGUUGACGGAGAGAUUGAAAUGCAAGACAUCACUUUUGAAUACCCCUCUCGACCAGGGGCUAAAGUUAUUGACAAAAUGAGCCUGUCGGUUAAACCGGGCCAGACGGUUGCUCUGGUGGGUCCCAGUGGGUGCGGGAAGAGCACCAUAGUGUCCCUACUGGAGAGGUUCUACGACCCAGAGUCUGGGAGUCUGACUCUGGACGGCAGUGACCUGAGAGACCUCAACAUCCGCUGGCUGAGGUCCCAGGUGGGACUCGUGUCCCAGGAGCCCGUCCUCUUCGACACCUCCAUCGCCGACAACAUCCGCUACGGAGCCAACUUCAGGGAGGUGUCUGACGAUGAGGUGGUGGAGGCUGCCAAGGCUGCCAACAUUCACUCCUUCAUCGAGUCCCUGCCUCAGGGCUACAGCACUAAUGUAGGUAGUAAGGGAACCCAGCUGUCGGGAGGUCAGAAGCAGCGAAUUGCCAUAGCCCGUGCUCUGGUGAGGAACCCCAAGAUCCUCCUCCUGGACGAAGCCACCUCGGCCCUGGACACAGAGAGUGAGAAGAUAGUUCAGGAGGCUCUGGACAAGGCCAGGGAGGGCCGGACUAGCAUCGUCAUCGCCCACCGACUCUCCACCAUCUACAAUGCUGACGUCAUAAUCGUCAUCAAGUCGGGAAAAGUAGCAGAGAAAGGGACGCACGAAGCACUGCUGCGAGAACGUGGCAUCUACUACACAUUGAACCGCUAUCAGAUGAUCCAUCCUGAAGACAUGUCCGCCAUGUAGAACUAAUACAACUUGCUUAGGAACUGUGUCCACCAAUAGGCUUACAUUUUAUAUCACACUUUGUAUACUAUGGCAUUAUAAUAAUAAUUGUAUCCAUACUAAUGUUUUUGUAAUUAUUGUGUGAUUAAUUUCUCUUUCCUGCGAUGAAUUAAUAAAAAA